GACAUUAUAAUUGUCAAAAAAUCCAAAUAUUUGAAAAUUAGAAAUUAGAAAACAAAUAAAGACCAAUGGAUAAAAAUAAGACAUGAUAUAUGAUAAAUUAUGAGAAAAAUAAUAAUUAGGGAAUAAAAUUAAGUGACUCAAUGUUGCCUUAAGAUCCAAAGGUAAAAUAAAUUAUAUAAAAUGGAAAAUAAUUUAUCUGAAAAUUACUCACGGCUGUGUGGAGAACUGUGUAAUUUACUUUAUUUAAAAAAUUACAAUAAAGAGAAAAUUAAUCAACUUAUUGAUGAACUCAAUUCUAAACCGUUCAAAGCUGAGAUAUUUGUUAGAAAACAUGACGCCACAACAUUAGUGACAGCCCUUUGUGUAAAUAUAAAGCCAACGAAAGACUUUUUAGCAACAAAAGCAUCUCAUCUUAUGAAAAGCAUGAUCGUGAAACAAAACCUUCAAUUUAGUGCUGAUAAUUUAUCAAAUGUAGUUGCCUGGCACAUUGAGUGCUUGAAGCAUAUUUCUGAGAUAGUAGUGCCAGAUAUUUUGCAUAAUUUACAGUGUAUUCUGCAAUACAAUCCGCAAGUGGGUCAGAAGUUUACAGAUGCCUUAAUUGGCAGUAGAGGUGUUUUAAUACACUUAGUACAUGAUGACAAAUAUCUCAGCACUCCAAACUCACUCCAAAUAUGUUUGGUUGCUUUUAAAUGUAUGAUGUGCUUAAUAUCGGCUUAUGAUGACAAAACGUUAGAGACAAGCCAUGGUCUUUCAUUGGAAGCCAAAGAGAAAAUGUCACAAAUAGCAAUGAAGUUUUUAAUGAAAGGUCAUAAUAAGAAAACUGAUGAAUUUUUGUACUGUAAGGCUGUUGUAUCAGCAUUAAGGAUACUGGCGCAGUUAUACUUCAGUGAUCAGAAUGUGAUAAUUCCAUUGCCAGAAAUAAUAGGGAUCUGUCAUUAUUUCGUUCUUUUUGGACUUGUAGAUCAAGGUAAUAAACCUGAGAAGAUUAUGCCUUCUCAGCAAACUGUAGCCAUGGCACCUGUACCACACAAACCACCAAGUAAGGGUGGGAAGAAACAAAAAAUAAGGAAACAGCGAAACAAUGCAAUAGAAAGCCUUAAGAAAGAGAUACCUACCUCUGAUAGAAGUUUAUUAAAAGACGUUGACAAUUUCGAAAACAAUUCUGCCUACAAGCCAGCAAGUCAGAAUUACUUAGAGCCACAGAAAACUAAACAUGCCUGGGUAUUGACCAGUGAUUCAGACAUAUCAGAUGUUGAGAACAGCAGGGAGGCAAAAUUAAUUGCUUUAAAAGCUAGAGUGAGACAGAGUGCUUCAAAUUUACUUUUAGUCCUAAUAAAGGUAAAAGAAAAGAAAGAAAUCUUUGGAUAUUGGUGGGCCUUGUUACCCGAUUCUCCAGAUCCUCUGAACUGGUCUUCUGGAGAUUCUGCAAAGAAGACCCUUGCUUUUUGCGCCGUAACUGAUCCUAUAGCCAGUAGCCGUUCUAGUGUUCUGAGUGUAAUACUAGCGUUGCUAUCUGGAUCUAGGAUUUACUUGUCUCAAGCCGAAACAAGCAAGAGAGAGACAACAUCAUUCAUACCGUUCUCGGUGUCGCUUGGUUACGUAAUUGUUUGCAUGCACAAAGUUCUUACCUCGAUCCUGGACAUCGAAAGGAGUCACGCCGUGAUUAUUGUAGCUCUGAAGUGCUGUGCCGCUUUGGUUCAGGCCACGCCCUAUCAUAAGAUGAAGAAUGGUCUCAUAGGGGACUUAGUUAAAUCAACAAGGAAGUUUUUGAUUCAUCGAGAUAUAACCCUGCAGGUGGGUGCGCUGAUAACAAUGGGAUGCGUCCUCUCAGUCGAGCCAAAAGUAGAGGAGGUAUUAAAAUCCAUAGAAAAAGAUACGGCUUUUCAAAACAGUCCUCAAAAUCAGAUAUCUAUAACUGAUGAUUUAGAAGAAUGCGGUGAUUUUGAAGAGGGAUAUUCGGAUGAUGAACCUUUCGAAGAUUUUAGUGUGACGAAGGAAAAGUCUACGUAUUUCAGAAGCUGGAUCUUAGAUAUCUGCUUCCAUAAAAUUGGAUGGUUGUUCAGGGGACCAGAAGUAAAGAGAUGUAAACCUGCAAAUAUACCGGUAAUACUAGAAUCUCUUCAAGUACUCUCGGCCAUAGCAUUCCAUCAUCUACAGGAGUUACUUCACCCUCAUAUGCUGUUACUUGGAGACGUCCUCUGUGAGAUGUUGCAGCACGAGCACCAAGACGUGGUUGUGCACGCAGCCAAGACGGUCAGCGUAAUUGGUGAUGCCGUCCAGAAAUUAGAGCAAACGGAUCAAGCUCCACCCUUGACCCACUGCGUGCAAAUGUGGGAGAAACUGAUAACUCCAUUGUCGAAUGUGCUGCAAUCGAACGAGAAUUCCCCGGCGAAGGCGGUCGCUUGCGAUUGUAUAGCGAACAUCGGGGAGAAAUCCUUCAAGGAGUUGCCGAGACGUUUUCAACUGCUGUGCUGCGCUUUACUGGUGGGAUCGUGCAGCGACGAAGAGGCGUCGGUCCGAGCCGCGGCAGUACGCGCCUUGGCCAUGGCGGUUAUGUUCAAGACAUUAAGAGAGGACAUACACUUCGUAAGCGACUGCGGCGAGAACAUCCUCAGGGCGUUGUUGGAGCCGACUUUAGUGGUCAGAGCGAAGGCAGCUUGGGCUUUGGGUAAUCUAAGUGACGCUCUCGUGCUAAACUUGCACGAACCGGAUGCUGACGAAGUCGACGAUGACCUGCUGGUCCGGCUGCUCGAGGUCAGCAUACAUUGCGCCGUAGAUAAUGAUAAGGUCAAGCAGAGUGCGACACGUGCCCUUGGAAACCUCUUACGUUUGAUAAAGAGCGAUAAUUUACAUCGGAAUCCGCAACUAAAGACCUUAUGCGAAGUAGCAAUAGGGAAGCUAUUGGACUGCGCUUGCAAGGUCGCGAACAUGAAGGUCCGCUGGAAUGCUUGUUACGCGCUGGGGAAUGCAAUGAAGAACGAGAAUCUCUUCACCUGUUUCAAUGGAUGGCAGAGUGAGGUGUUCUCGAAUCUAUGUAAACUAACAAAAGAGUGCAAGAAUCUCAAGGUUCGUAUAAACGCGGCGGUCGCGUUACGGGCGCCGCGCUCGCGAAUAUCGUACGCGGCGAACUUCGCGCCGAUUUGGCGAGGCGUCAUGGCCGCCAUGGAGAACGCUGUUAACGUCGACGAUUUCACUGAAUACAAACACAAAGAUAACCUCGUUGAACAGCUCUGCGUGACACUAGCUCACUUAUGUUGCCAGCUCACGCCAUCGGACCUAACCGAUAUCUUAGAUCACCUGGUGUUUCACUACGACUGCGCUAAAGCAGUCUUCACGCAGGUAUUUCAGCGUUUACCGCCGGAGAACGCUUCGUGCCUCCGCAUACUGCAAGCCGCUAAAUAUGUCACCGUUGAUCUGGUCGCUUCGAAUGAAGCGCAAUCACAGUCGUUGAGUUUACUACAAGAUAUAUUUAUAUUCGAUUUUUGAUUUAUCCGAAAGUGUAUUUGUUUCUUACACUGUAAGGAAAGGUAGAUUGGAGUGGAUGACGCGUCUCGCUUUUAGGGAAACCGAUCGAACACUAAUCUACAGUAAUAUCUGCGUUUAAUCUAUACUAAUAUAUAAAUCUACAGUGGUUUUUACGGAUGUUCCGUUAUGACUACUGAACCUUGCAUCCGAUUGACUUGAAACUUGGUAUUCAUGUAGAAAAUACAUGCAAUUAAUGGAUAGGCUAAUAUUUAUAUGAGUGUUGGACUCCCUAAUAAUAAUGACAAUAAAUAAUAAUGUUAAUUUUAAAUGCGCAGCGAAGCGGGCGUGUACAGCUAGUAGUGUUAUAAAAUACUGUUGGUAGGACGUCUUGUGAGUCCGCGCGGAUAGGUCCGCCGUAGGUCCACCGCCCUGCCUAUUUCUGCCGUCAAGCAGUAAUGCGUUUCGGUUUGAAGGGUGGGGCAGCCGUUGUACUGUUAAAACUGAGACUUAGAACUCAUGUCUCAAGGUGGGUGGCAGCAUUUACGUUGUAGAUGUCUAUGGGCUGCGGUAACCACUUAACACCAGGUAGGCCGUGAGCUCGUCCCCCCACAAGGCAAUAAAAAAAACUUCCUCAUCUAAUUAAAAUUAUUUUUUUGUAAAUACAAAAUUAAAUAAUUUUAUUACCACUUUACGUUUUUUAACACUAAACCUACCGAUAGUUCUUGUAUACGUAUUCCUUCCUACUGCGUUCAGUAACUUCGACCCGAAAUUCAUAAAGCGGUCGAUUUUAUUAUUCAAUAAAGAUCAUGUAUGUGUUUUUUCUUGGAAAAGAUUAAAAAAAUACCUUAAGUAAAUAGUGCAGCAAAUAUUUUAAGCAUAUUCUACGAAUUGUUUUAUAGUUUCACAACGGUAUUUUGAUGUACUUAUAUAGUUUAAAAAAGUACAUAAAUUUGAAAACGGUCAAUUUGACCCGUACUUGUUAAUAGGUUUAAUGUUCAACCUUCAAAACUAAACAAUUUUAAUUUAGUAACAUUUAGUUCUUCGUUUAAUAUUGCAUGUUUCAAUGUACAAAUGUACUGAGCGAUUAUUAAUGAAUAUGAUCGAUUUGGUAAAUAAUUGAUUUAAAAAUUGUAGUGAAACAAGGAAAGUGCCUUUAAUCGAUUUCAAGCAAUACUUCUAUAUUGCUAAUGUUUUUUUUCUUGCUCUUAUUAUAAGUGGACAAGAUCACGGCCCGCCUAGUGUUAUGUAGUUACCAGAGGGAACCCGUAGAUAUUUGCCCAUUUACUCUCAUUUUAACUGGUGGUAGGACCUCUUGUGAGUCCGCAUGAGUAGGUACCACCAACCCACCUAUUUCUGCUGUGAAGCAGUAAUGCGUUUCGGUUUGAAGGGUGGGGCAGCCGUUGUAACUAACUAUACUGAGACCUUAGAACUCAUAUCUCAAGGUGGGUGGCGCAUUUACGUUGUAGAUGCCUAUGGGCCCCAGUAACCACUUAACACCAGGUGGGCUGUGAACUCGUCCACCCAUCUAGGCAAUAAAAAAAGAUAAAAACAACGUAAAUGCCGCCAACUGACCUUGAGACAUGAGUUAUAAGUCUCAGUACAACGGCUGUCCCAGACCCUUCAAACUGAAAUACAUUCCCACUUCACGGCAGAAGUAGGCGGGGUAGUGGUACCUACCAGUGCGGGUUCAAUAACCUACCCGUACGGCUUCAAAUUGUGAUGUCGGGAAACAAUGAGACUACGGUUGACUUUCUACUUUAUUGUUGUAGUACAAAUAUAGUAAGAAAUUUAAUGAUCAGUAAGUAAAAAUUAUUGUUGAAUGUGGCGCGACUUAUCUAAAGCACGUAAAAUUGUUUACUAUAUCAUAUAAAAUUGCUUAUGUAAUAAAGUCUAAUUAGAGAAAUUCUGUUAUAUACAUAAUAUUUAUAUGAAAUAAACGUUUUAUACCUACUA